AUGGACUCGGCGGCGGCAGAGAGGCCGAGCUCCUACGCCGUCAACUUCCCACCGCUGCUGCCCGCACCCGCGCCCGCGGUCGCCGGCGCCAUGGGUGUUGCCAACCACAAGAGUGUGCUGUGCAUGAAGUGGAGGGAGGGGAGGUGCCACAACGGGGUAGCGUGUCGCUACGCUCAUGGCGAGGAGGACCAACGAAUUGUGCCGGAGAUGAGAGUCGGCGGCGGGGGGACGUCCAUGCAUGCCCGGAGCUCGCCACCAAGGGAUGGUGCAAGUUCGGGCUCAACUGCAAGUAUUGCCAUGGCGGCGUGUAGGAUUGAGGAGCAGCGCCAUGGGAGGGGGGGGGAGUCCUUCAUCUUACCACGCUCGCGGAGGAAACGUCAGGCUCUGGGCUCUGGCUCGGCACGUUCGACGGCGCCGACACCACCGCGCGCGCACACGACGCCGCCAUGCUCGCGCUCCGUGGCCGCGCCGCGUGCCUCAACUUCGCCGCUUCGCCCCUCGCCCGUGCCGCCCCCGGCCACCCUCCACAGCGCCGCCGACGUCCAGCGCUCCGUGGCGCGGGCUCUGGAGGACUUCGAGCAGCGGGAGUCGUCGUCGUCUGUGUUUCCACUCGCCAUCGACAUUGUCGCCGAGGACGCCAUGACCGCCACAUCCGAGCCGUCCGCCACGAGCGACGACGAUGCCAUCACCACCACCACCAGCAGCAGCACGACCGAUGCCGACGAGCUGGACGCGGCUGUCGCCGCUCCGCCAAAAUGA